CUGCACACCAGGAGAAGAUUGAUAUUAAAAUGUGUGUUCUAUUCUGGAAUUUUAUAUGUAAUUGAAAGCUGGAUAAUAAUGUGCACCUCAUUUCUCUUCGUCUACAUAUUGGUGCUAUUAUGCACAUCAACAAGGCGUAAAUUAUCGAUUAAUUAACAUCAUUUCACAACGCAAAAUAAUAUGUGAUAACUAUGCGUGGCUAAUAAUAGCUAGACCAGUUCUCAAUAUAGACGUGAGGUCACCAAGGAUUUUAGAAUUGAAAUGUGAAGAGCAUGUUGAUGGUACGGUGUACACCAUAUUUGAGAGAAAGAAAGUAGGUACUACAACAUAUGAAAAUAUAUUUAGUGUGGUAAACAAUGCAUCGCUGUGCAAGGUUUUAAAUCAAACACCAGAUAUGGAUUCGUUUUGUACAUGCGAGUACAAGAGUUAUGCCUCGUGUACGGUGACCGAUAUUCACCAGGCCAAUGUUAGAGACCAAUGGAAGUGUAGGACGUUUAUUAACGACCGGUUACACCGGGAGAGCGACCCUUUCAGCAUUCCAUUUGUUGAGUAUAUGAUUGCAAUUGGAAUAACAGGAACUAAACAGUCCAUGUCGGAUUUGAGCGUUAUCAAUUUAACAGAACCAUCGCUUAUAUCUACCAUGGGGAAAGAAACAUCAGUUCAGCUUUCUGAAACAAUAACAGCUGUGUAUAACGUUACGAACAGUGAACACAAAACAACAGAAGCUACUAUUAAAAUAUUCCCGUUCGGAGAUCUACCAGUUGUUAUUAUCAUUGCUGCCAUGGGGUGUUUGGUCAUGAUUGCUGUACUGGCAGUUGUAUGUAUGUUCCGGAAAUUGCAACGUUAUGCAGGUCGAUCAACAACAGACGAUCAAGCACCUAUGUUUGAAGUUGGAAGGAUUCCGAUGAUACCUAGUUCAUCUAUUACUAGCAAUCUGCAAGAGCGCAAUAUAAUGAGUACAACAUUUUCCGACUUAGUAAAUCUGAAUGAACAUACCAGUGCAAACGUGCACAAUGAUGACAUUAUACCAGAAACGCAAACAGAAACGCAAUAUGACGAGAUAGCAGAUUUAAGUGACCAAGAUGAAGCAUCAACACUGCCAAGGUUUGCAUCUCGUUUAUGUGCUCUUUAGAGCAGUUCUUAUAUGUUUGUUUGCUUCAGUUAUUUACAUGGGUAUAUUGAUGCGUUUAUUCAUUUAAGUUAUCUCACAUACGUUUUAUACGUGCUUAAUGGUAAUUUGCAUUAUUUAAAUUGAUUUUUCUUCGAAAUGAUGUAUGUUUAGUGCGUACGUCAAACGCAUGUUGUCAUUUGUAUUAGUGUUACUGACGACGAACUGUAUAUACUUAAAUAAAAAUAAUUAAUUAUACUAUGUUAUGUUCUGUUUAAUGUUUAGAACACCAAAUGUUCGUUAUGAAAUUCUUCUCCAAAGAAGUGCGGACGAUGCGCAUUACAAUAUGGUGGUUCAAAAUCACAAUUCAGUCUAAAAUAUCGAGAAGGUUUGUGGAUCUUUGAUAGCUAAUGCAACUAGAUGAAGUGGUAUCUGCAUACAUCGAUGAAGCACGAACUGGAGUGUUUGAAUUCGAAAAUACUUCGCCACAUAAUAUGUAACAUAUUUAAUUAAUUGUGUAGUUCGUUUUGCUGUCGCAAUUGUAUACAUCAACAUGCAUGUUAACUAUUGGAUGUUAUUGUUUUUCAUACAAUGCUAUAUGACUGAAUACUAGUUCAUGUUGUGAUAAAAAUAAUGAGAAUUAAUGAAUGAAUUGACAUUAUAAUUUCUGAAAAAGAAAUUGAUUUAUAAAGGGAAGAAUUUAAUACACAAGUAUUUUAUCCUUACCAUAUUUAGUUAUUUAAACUUUAAUAACUUGUUGAAAUCAUAACAUUUUUACAUAUAACCAAUCUGAUGAUUACUUGAUAGCAUACAUUUUUUCCUAGCUUUAGGCCUGUUGUCAUUAUUAACAUCAAACAAAUUUAAAUGACAAAUCUUGAAUAAUUAAGUGGGUAUAUUUAUCAAAACUAUUCAACUAAAUUCAAACACUUCUCAUGCAACCUGACAAUAAAUAGUCGACCAACAAAUUAUGUAAAUGUAGUUGCAUGUAAUACUUUAAACGUCGCAUGUAUGUAGUGUUUAUUUACGAGUUCGAUACUUAAAAGGAACGAAAGUAUAGUAUUGAACUCUAGCAUUAUUUAAUACAAUAAUAAUGAUCGAAAAUGAUGAAACAAUUGUUUAUAUGAUAUAAACGUAUACAUAACUUAUCUUACGAUUUCCUUGACAACGCAAACUAAAUCGAAGCGCUGGCAGCAACGAAAGAGGUCUUGGGGAGAUAAUGUGUAUAUUGUUAAUGAAACACCUACUGUUUGCAAUUUAUGUAAAUUGAAAUGUUCAAAUGAACAUUAUUAUGGUAUGAAAGUACAAAACGGUGCAUUCUUUCAAUUAAUGAGCAUCAGUCAGGGACCUCAAAUAUGGUUCAUGCUUGUUGCUCAGCCUCAGAUUGAGAACUUUAAUGUAUGGUACAAUCCUUAAAACAUUAGGCAUACUCAUAAAUUUGACCUGAGUUUGCGUUCUUCACCAUAACCCUAGAGAACUGUGUCUCACAUUUGACUUACUUUCGUUUAUUCACAUGUUGUGCAAAAAGUCAUGUGUUAUGUAUCUAUACCGUCUUAAGUGUCAAUAUUUUCCUAUACAGGCAUAUAUUUUCGUUACUUUUAUGUCAUAAAGCGAAAUAUGGUGCUUUGCAAUUCGUCAAUAUAAAUAUCUAAUUAUGUUAUGCAUUUUGUUGAAACAUACUUCUUUUCCUUAUUGAAGAGGAAAUUAUUGUGUGUAAUGUUGCUUUGCAGACUUUCAUUCCAGUUCUAUUUUGUAACAAACAGUAGUCAUUGUUCAACUAAUGCGGCGGAUCCAGUAUGACCCAUUCAUAUUGUACAUUACAAUAUAAAGAAGUGAAACUCCAGCUGCUGGAGCAGUAUUGAAUUCUCAUUAAAAACAAUUAGUUGGUCCUUUAUUUAAGGCAAGUGACCGAUUGCCCAAACAAUACAAAACAGCACAAUACAGCACAUUACAAACCAACAUAAACACAAAAUAUGAAUAAAGCUGGGGUCACCGCCUUGGAACGGUCAAUGCAAAGCAUACCAGUACUGAUUUAAAGGAAGCACUUUAUAUUGUCCGUUCAGUAUCGCACUAAAUUGUGGUGAUAUAUAUGGGAUGAGGUGCCCUUAUUAAGCCAGAUAGUGUUUUAUUUAUGUACUUUCGAAUCUCGGUCUAAAUAAUGAUAUUUUUAACUUUAUAGAAAUACCUGCAUUUUGUUUCUUUUGCUUAACCAAAACAUAUUAAGCAACACGGAAAGUAAUGUACUAAGUUCAACCGGCUUCAAGCAAGUGAAGCAGGUUUACACAUUGUGUGAAAUACAGUUCAAUGGUCCACAAACAAGUUGAACUGGCAACACAAUCCUAUAGGAAUUGACACAGUUUAUUUAUUGUUUAAGUCGCGUUCUUUAUUAUAUAGUUGUAAAUAGAUUUAAACAAUGAAACGGUUUCACUUUAUAGGUUAAUGGUUGUCUAACUUGUGUUGAACAAUAAGAAAUUCGACACAUAAGAAUAUAUUUAACUCUUGUAUUAUAUGCGUUACGAAAACUUAAUGAUAGCUUUCUUACAGGGUGAAAUUUAUUCGUCGGCCCUAUGUUCGUGAUCGUUUCAAAUCCGCAUGUCAUUGCUAUAUGGUCUGGCUUUGAAACAAAGGAGUAACAAUUUGAAAAUAUCCAUAUGUAAACCUAUCGGAUAUGUUGUUGUUAUUACAAUUCAUCACACACUUGCAUUA